GGCUCGGCAGUGGUUUAUUUUUCCAGACCUCAAGGGAGAGUCUUGUCCAAGCGGAAAGAGCUGAAACCUGCUGCGGUCAACUGGUCUUGUGCAAGAGCCUGAUCAAUGACAUGUACCGGUGCGCAGGCUCUGUUGCCAGGGCCCGAAAAAGGCCGGAAGAUGAGCCGGGCCCGGGCGUGGUUCGAGAUCAAGCGCUACUUCGACGCUGACGCGCGCAGGUUUGCGCACAAGGAGGUCUAUGCAAGAGAGCUGCUGCUGAAGACGGUGUGCGAGUCCCUGCAGCGGGACGGCUUCGUGGUCAUCGACAGCUACCUGGCGCAGCACGCGGCGCGGGGCUUGCGCGCGGAGCUGGGCCCGCUGAGGAUCGCGGAUGAGACAAUGGAAGCUCCAGCACAGGUGGCGCCAUGGGUGGGAUCUCAGUAUUUGCAAAGAACGGAGCAUGCUGGCCAUCUGCAGCGGAGCGAGCCUGGCGUGUCUCUUCGUGAGGAUCCGAUUUGCAGAAGUUGCGAGAUCACCAUGGGAGGAGCAGGUGGCGCAGCCAGUCUUUUUCAGCCGCGCACCAAAGACGAGUUUCUGCGGUCCGUGAAGACGGUGUUGCAUUGCGUGGCCGCCAACUCCACGUCAGAGGCAGAGAUUCCAGAGGCGGAUAAGGUUCACGUGCAGCUCACAUUCGGAGACUUGGAAGCCUUGGAGCGCGCGAAAGCCAAGCUCGGUGUUCCAGGUGCCAGCCGUUGAGUCACCGGCCCGUCAGCUGCAAAAUGGGUUCCCUGACUGCGGGGAACUCCCAAAAUGGGCAGUUUCCCCUUGGUUUCCCCGCGAAACGAGGGAGGCUUUGUGUGUGAGGAGUAGAUUGAGGCCACCUACUGCA